AUCUUUCGUUUGAUUUCAUUGGGGUCUCGGCAACAAUCUUUCUGUUCUGCAAUGGACGCCAUGGAAAGAGGCCAGAGCUCGCCACGGCUGCCUAAGAGCCGGAGCUCCAAGAUCGCCGACGACGAGGGCCUCAUGGUGCCGCUGAUACAGGACAAGAAAACCGGCAGCCGAGCGCCGGCGGUGGUCCUCGCGUUCGAGUGCCUGGAGAGCACCGCGUUCAACGGCAUCGCCACCAACCUCGUGCUCUACCUCCACACCGUCCUGCACGGCACCAGCCUCGCCAGCGCCUCCAACGUCACCACCUGGAUCGGCACCAGCUACCUCACCCCCGUCCUCGGUGCCGUCCUCGCCGACACCUUCUGGGGCAACUACAACACCAUCCUCGUCUCCCUCCUCGUCUACCUCCUCGGCAUGAUGCUCGUCACCUUCUCCGCGUUCCUACCUACCACAGCGCUAGACUGCGUCGCGGGCCCGUCGUCGUGCUACCACCCGGCGCUCGGCUCGCACACCGUCGCCUUCGCCGGCCUCUACCUCGUGGCCUUCGGCAGCGGCGGCGUGCGCGCCGCGCUGCUGCCCUUCGGUGCCGAGCAGUUCGACGACGACAACGCCGUGGACCGCGAACGGAAGAUGUCCUUCUUCAGCUGGUUCUACGUCUGCGUCGACUUCGGCAUGAUCGUCUCCGGCCUCUUCCUCGUCUGGGUGCAGCAGAACGUCAGCUGGGGCCUCGGCUUCGGCAUCGCCACCGCCUGCAUCGCGCUCGCCUUCGCCGGCUUCGUGCUCACCACACCCAUGUAUACGCGUCGCGUCCCCACCGGCACUCCGCUCAAGAGCCUCUGCCAGGUCUUCGUCGCGGCCUGCAGGAAGGCCGCCCUCCGCGUCCCCGCCGACGCCGCCGUGCUCUACGAGGUGAGCGACAAAGUCGACCAGCCCAAGAUCGCGCACACCCACGAGUUCACGUUCCUCGACAAGGCGGCCAUAGUCGUGAGCUCCGACCUGGAAGAGGUGGCGACCACCGUCGACGCCGCCGCCACCGCGGGCGCCUGGAGGCUCUGCACGGUGACGCAGGUGGAGGAGCUCAAGAUCCUGAUGCGUCUGCUGCCGAUAUGGGCGACGAGCAUCGUGCUGUCGGCGGCGUACGCGCAGCUCAACACCACGUUCGUGCAGCAGGGCAGCGCCAUGGACAUGCGCGUCAUGUCGUUCACCAUCCCGGCCGCGUCCAUGGUGUCCUUCGAGGUGGUCUGCGUCCUGGCGUGGGUGCUCGUCUACGGCUCGGUGAUCGUGCCGGCCCUCAAGAGCUUCUCCCCGGCGAGCGCCGAGCCGUCACAGCUGCGGCGCAUGGGCGCCGGCCGGCUGCUCAUGGCGUGUGCCAUGGCCGUCGCGGCGCUGGUCGAGAUGAGGAGGCUGGACGCCGCUGGCACCGGGGAGUCCAUCAGCAUCGCGUGGCAGAUGCCGCAGUACUUCGUGCUCGCCGGCGCCGAGGUCUUCUGCUACAUCGCGCAGCUCGAGUUCUUCUACAGCGAGGCGCCUGAGUCGAUGAAGAGCAUGUGCACGUCCUUCGCGCUGCUCACCGUGGCGCUGGGCAGCUACACCAGCUCGCUCAUCUACGCCGUCGUCAACGCGCUCACGGCCACCGGCGGCCGGCCCGGGUGGAUAUCGGACGACCUCGACCAAGGGCACCUCGACUACUUCUUCUGGACCAUGGCGGCUCUCUGCACGCUCAACUUCGUCGUGUACAGCGCUUUCGCCAGGAACUACCAGGUGAAGACGGUCCUCUCGUGAUCGUCUCAUUUUACUGCGCACAGAAUGUUGUGCGUCUGUGUUUUAUUUUAUUUUUUGAAAUCCAACUUGAAAGAUUCGUUAGUUUCUUUUAUUAUUUU